UUCACGUGUUCGGAUUUUGACUGUCAUUCAGUAACAGCUGAUGCGGGAUGCAAGGAGUUGUGUUGGUUGAUUAAUCGUACCUACUUAUUGAUAUAUUCGGAUUCGUGUAAUUGAAAUAUUUUAGCUUGAUGAAGCAAAUAUUUACGUUCAAAAACACGCCCCAGCUAACCGAGUGCAGUAGUUAGUUCGGCUGUAUGCUAUGAGUUGCGGACAUGUCAUUACGAACGGGGUUAGGGUCGGGGAUAAACAAUGGUCAUUCCGAGGAGAAUUGUACACAUCCAGAUGAGCACGCAAGUGAAACUAAGUCUGUGUGCGACUCCCUUUGUGCUAAAGAAGCAAACGGCAAUAUCGCUUCGGAGGAACUUAAAUUUGAGGAAGCACCUUUGAGCCCAGCGUACCUCCAGAAGAUUAGAGACAUAGAAGAAGUUCUUUUACGGGAACCUCUUGACGUUGAGACUUUGAAGGAAUUUGCUCGUUCUGAUGGAGGGCUCAUCAAUGACGGCGUGCGCAGGCGCGCCUGGCCCCUGCUGCUGGGACUGGACGCAAGCGCGCCCACGCGGUUCCCGAGCCAGGAGGAGCUGGAGGCUCACCCGGAAUACCAGCAGGUGGUGCUGGACGUCAACCGCUCCCUGAAGCGCUUCCCGCCCGGUAUCCCGUACGAGCAGCGCGUCGCCCUCCAGGAGCAGCUGACGCGCCUCAUCCUGCGCGUCAUCAGCAAGUACCCGCACCUGCGGUACUACCAGGGCUACCACGACGUGGCGGUGACCUUCCUGCUGGUGGUGGGGGAGACUGCGGCGUUCCAGAUCAUGGAGCGGCUGUCGGUGGAACACCUGCGGGACUGCAUGGAGCCCACGAUGGAGAAGACCUCGCACCUCCUCAACUAUGUGUACCCGCUGGUGCGGAGGCUGCACCCGGCGCUGUACGACUACCUCGAGAGGUCGGGCGUGGGGACCAUGUUCUGCCUGCCGUGGUUCCUCACCUGGUACGGGCACAGCCUGAACCGGUACCGCGACGUGGUGCGGCUGUACGACUUCUUCCUGGUGUCGCCCCCGCUCAUGCCGCUGUACCUGGCCGCGGUCCUGGUGGCCCACCGCGCCGACCAGGUCUUCUCCGUCGAGUGCGACAUGGCGAGCGUGCACUCGCUGCUGUCCCAGAUCCCGGACGACCUGCCCUUCGAGCGGCUGCUGGUUCGGACGGAGCGCCUCUACCAGGAGUUCCCUCCGGAGAGCAUCGAGCGGGAGGUGCGCGACCGCGUCCUCCGGGAGCAGCAGCACGCACGGCGCGGGGAGGCGCAGCGACGCCCGGCGCCGGCGCGACAGGGCCUCGCCACGGCGGCGUGGGCAGCGCUGCCCCGCCUGCUGCCCCAGCGCCUGCACUACCGCUACGUGCUCGUCACGGCCACCCUCGUCGGCAUCUACGCCUACCUGCGCAUGGCCGACGCCCUCGGCGCGGUCAGGUAGUGGCGCGGCCAGACUGCUGUCUCCCGGACGUCCGGUCGCGGCGCUCCGUUCCCGGCUCUGCUCUCAGUCGAGAAUAGACGCGACGUACAGUUCCCAACUGAUCUGUUCCGGUUCGGCCACCCGACGACGCUCUGCUCUCGGUCUCGAGGACAGAGAUCGGGACGCUGGCCGGUACCCUUCAGAGGAUGAACUUGCAGCAGAAACCUUUUUUUUUUUUUUUCCACGGGCCUUAAUUUUUCAGUUUUCCCCUUUUAUCUUGCCCUCAUUUUUGUGUUUUAUGUCUGUGAGCCGUUCCCCUCUUCAUCUGAACCAGUCUGCGGACACCAGCGCAGUAACAUUUUUACUUUUUUCUUAUAUUUUUAUUUAACUCCUUUUACUGGUUCCAAAAUCAUAUAAAAAAUUUUCCGCACUCUUUGUGUUAACAAAAUUUAAAAAAAAAAAUUAAGCUGUCAGGCAGCAAUCGCUGUUUAUUCGAUACAAGUUAUUUUUUCGUACUAUGAACUGUUGUAUGUAAAUUUCUCUAUUAAAUUUUCCUUUUCUAAGCAUUUCUUGAGAAACCUGUGACGAGCUGAGAUGGUGCCUUUCAGUGCACGGAUCACUUGGUCGAGAACAAAGGUCCGUUAGUUAGGUACAUGAAGGAUACCAAACAUUAGGUUUCCGUUACAUAGUGGAAUUACUCACUGCGCUGGUAUGGGUGUUAGCAGGACCCUGCGAAUCAAGUCUUGCAAGUUUGAUAUGUGUAGGUCAGUGGUUUGUGAUGAAGUCCACUCUUCAUCUUUAAAUACAUACCUACACUUAAUCUCUGCCUUAAAGUUAUUUGUAACUUUGUUGGGAUUUUGUCACAGUGUUUUUAUCCUUUUUUUAAAUUUUAUCUUUCAUCAUGUUAGGUAUUAUUAAUCCAAUAUGUAAAAAAAAAAAAAAAAUCAAAAGAAAAGGGUCAGUUUUAUCUACUACUCAAGUUCCACUUCAUAUGCACACAUAUUAUAGCAUAUUUUUAUAUUGUGCACUGUUUUCUGAAUUGAGUGAGAAGUGAAUUUGCAUAAAGAAAUGGGAUGCUGUAUUUUUUAUGUUGAAAGUGUGUGAAUGUUUCCCACGUAUUUAUUCUAUUUGCAUAAACAAACAUUGGCACUAUACCUACUGUGCAACCAGCUUACUGAGUAUGUUAGUUGCUGUACCAAGAACGUAAUGCAAUUUACUGGAGUAUAAAUUUAAAAAAAAAAGGAAGGAGGGGGGGGGGGGGGGGGGGGGGGGGGGGGGGGGCUCAGAGUACCUGUCGUGUUGUUUCACGGAUUGGAAAGGAAGGCUUGUCAAGUCCUUAGAUGUGGCAAAAUACGUAAGUGCUAUAUUGUGGUGUGCAUUAUCGGCUUCGCAUGCCUGCGACGUUUUGAGGUGUUUGCGAGAUGCAAGUGCGAACUGAUGUCACAUGCAGGCGAGGUUGCGUGCGUGUCGUCAUCCAGCCAGGAGCCUGAAGCAAGUAGCUGAACCCCUAGCAGGUUGCAACUAGGCACCUAAUGAAGAGCCGCUACCUAACUGUGCGGACACACAGUUCACGGAUGGCCGCUCGGCGAGUUACCUUCAACGAGCACGGAGCCAGUGUCCACGCGGUGGCCAGAUCUCUGCAGUCAAGGGGCACGCCUAGUCGAAGCACGGAAUCUCCUCUGAGCUGUUGCACAGUCUUCUCGUCGUGCAUUGUCCAACGGUGAGGUGUGAGCGGUAACCACACACUUCCCCACUGUGUUCAUCUGUGCAGUCAUUUCUGACUAAACUCCUUCCGUGUAACUCUGCUGUCUGAGCACACAACCAGGGGCGUAGCCAGGGGGUGGUUUUAGGGGUUCAACACCCCUAAACACCCCUUAGCACCAAAUAUUUAAUUAAUUUCUUAUUCAUUACACAAACAAAUUUCAUAUUAAAAUUAAUAAAAUUUUUACCAUACCAAUAUUUAAAUUUAAUUACCGAAAACUGCUACAAUAGCACUAUUUUACACAUUAAAAUCCAAAUUUUCCCGAGGGAGGACCCCCGGACCCCCCGCUUUAAUACGGGGGGGGGGGGGGCAUGCUUCUUAACACCCCCCAUACACAAAUUCUGAUUAUGCCACUGCACACAACAUUUGACAUCAGUUGUUUCCCAUGUGUUCAUGCAUUCAUGUUGUACAUUCCAUGACAAACAGAGUAAACCAGUAAUGGCACAGCAUGGUAAUAUUUCAAAUCAAUAUUCCCCGUGGCAGGAAUCAUUCAGGGACGUACUCUCCCUAUCAUCAUUUUCUUGGGUUACAUCGGACGGGAUUUCUAAUCGGGACAGGGAGUUGCAUCAUCCCUUCACUUCCUCACUGCAGAAGGCAGCGGCCAACCUUUGCAGAUUCAUUCAGUGGCAAGUGUGCUCCGAUCGCUUGGAGCAGGCUCCGAGGGUUCCCUAGCCCGAUGCAGAGUCGAUGUGGUGAGCGACGACACAGCUCCGGUGCUAGCCUGGACAGCUAGGCCUCCACCGGACCAUGGGUUCACUGGGUGACUGAGGGGUCCCAGAUCGGGGCAUGCGCCAGCAGCGCUGAUAACGUCUAAGAGCUCAGGACGCAGCCAAUUGUCUGGUUAACUGAGGGAGGCGGGGAGUGAAGGUGGUGUCUAUGCUGGGAUGGGUAGCCUCGGCCUCUGGUCAUAGCCGGAUCUCCAACACCUCUACUGUUACGCGUGUACGGCGUAUUCCGUAUCCAUGCCCGUGGGGGGCCCCAAACCGGUAGGGCUUAGGCUAAGAGGGCUGGGUUAACAAACAAAAGGGGAGCAAUCCCUCACAGUCAUGUGGCAAGUGUGCGGUAGUCGCUCCGGACGACCAAUGAAAACACCAGUCAUUACAAGAGCGGACUGUGCUCAUUUAAUGUACAGCAUUGUUUUUGAAAUGUUUCCUUAGGAUUACGUGAAAUCUUGAUUAAGCACCAAUAAAAAAAAAUCACAUCCAUUGUGUCUAUUAAAGUGCAACAUUAAUGGACAAAAAAAUGUUGAACAAGACAUUUGAAUGUGUGUUAUGGUACAGAGGGCCCAGGUGUUAUAAAAUGAUGCAUAUGUAACAAGAGUGUUAUGUAGUUAGCUUUUAUGUGUGAUAUUGUGUACAUAUUUUGUACAGUAUUAUAUUAUUGUUGUGCAUGUCAUAGACCAUGUUUAUGUACAGUUACAGAGGACAAACUCUUAUAUUUGUUAAUUGUUGCAGUUGUCUCCCUUAUUUUUUUUUAUGUGCAAGAAUGUGUCGACAUUGGUAGAGUUGAGUGAACUGCAAACAGCGAGGGGUUGCUUGCAGUGUAUUUACCCAAACAGGACUGUGUUGCUGAAAAUAAACCACGCACGCUGUACCGUUAA